GAGCCUUUAUGCGCGAAUUCAUCGAAGCCGGGCGUAGUGCUGAAUGUAUGAUUUUCACUCUCUCACGGCCCUGCUCGCGUACCUCGGCUUCUGGGUAGGCACACAUGGCAUGAUUCGCACAGACACGCACAGCAUCUGCCAUGUGCGUGUGUCCAGGUGCUCGUGUGUCCCGGCAGCCUGCAGGGUGUGGCAGGGAAGCCUCGUCGCGAUGUCCUCGACCCCCCGCUUGAGCUCGACUUCCCCAUUCCCUUCGAGAACACCAUCAACGCGCUCAGAGAGAACAAUGGCGCCACGAGGCUUGCAGAGUUCCUCGCCAACCCCCCACAGACGCCAGGAGAGAAAGCCGCGGCCACUCUCGAGGCGCUCAAGCCAGAGCCCUCACCUUUUCUCGAGUCCACCAUCCCUGCGGUACGUUUGUCAGUCAAUCGGGACACGCACGUGUGUGGCCUGGCCUGAAAGUGAUGCGUAUUGGUGUGGUGCAGGCGUUCGAUGCGAUCAAGAACAAGGAGCCGCUGCCGACUGUUGUGCCGGGGCAGAAGCAGUCCAUUCCCCCUCUGUCGCAGCUCAAGUGCAACCCCGCCAUCAAGAACUGCACCGACAUCGCCUCGCUCACCAUCCCCAUAGGCGUCACACUGCGAAACAUCUACGACAACUCGCUUGUCGGAGAUGCGCAAAACGUCAUCGGCACCUUUGUCAAUGACUUAUACGUACGUAAGCACACUAAGGGACGAACACUGUCCAGGGUCAGUACAGUACACGUCUCUUUGCCGCUAUCAGAACAUCACCGUGGCCAAGGCCUUGGGCAUUCCCCAGCCGAGCACCGGCCUUGUCACGGUCAAUGACGGCAUCAAGCGGCUGCAGCUGGACCCCAUCUACCAGCGGCUAUACGACACGGCCAUUGCCGUGUCAACACAGACCACGGUCAACAAAACGGACCCCAUCGUCCAGUUCCUGUCCAAUGUGACGGAGUUCGUACUGUGGAAUGCCUACCGGCGAGUCGACAAGGAUGGCGAACUCAGGCUCGCCCGCGCGCAGCAGAAGAAUGCCGUCUUUUCGGCCAUUGCGUGUGCGGCGACCGGGAAGAAGCUGGCGCAGUGUGACAGAGUCCUGCCGACCAGCUCGCCUGAUCCGAUACUCUCCCUGCCUUUCAAUAUUUCGGACCCCAUGUUCAACCUCGAAGCAGUUGCGGAAACACUUGUUUUCGACUUCCCAGGUGGGUGGGUGGGCGGCGGGGCGGGCCACACCAAGCACACCCACAAUGCGUGUGUGUGUGUGUGCGUGUGUGUGUGUGUGUCCAGCGUGCGUGGAGGUGACGGGUCACAAUCUGGCGUGCCUCAAGAAUGCGGGCGGGCAGUGCGUGUCGGGGUCGGCCAAUCUGCAGCCGGAGCAGUUCGACGCCGUCUACAGGCGAGACAGGGUACUGGAGGAGCAAUUCGCGGAGGAGCUAAGGCGGGGUGAGAUCCCGUUGAGGGGAGUUGUCUCGGACCCUGUUGUCGGUGUCGACUACGGGCCAUUCUACACGGUCGGCCAAUAGGAUGCCAGCUGGCCCACAGCAACGGUGUGGGCGUGUCAUGGUUUCUGUCUGUGGUGUGGAUGUGCGCACACACAGGUGCCUGUGAAAUUCCGGUCUUUCCCCAAUGUGAAGCGGCUGGUGUUCGAGCCACGGUCUGUGGAAGUCAGCGGUGUCGUCGCUGCAUCCAUCGUAAUAUCACCACAAGACCCUUUCGACAUCGCUAGGGUCAGUCAGUCAGUCAGUCAGGCGGCACACAAGCUUGCUGACAUACUCCUAGUCACUCAUCCAUUGAUCGAUGCAGGACCUCCCAUCCGUCUUGUUCCCCGGCUUCCGGCCGCCCUUUACCUUCGCACUCCAAAGUGGGAGGGGGAGCGAGUGCCAGUCGGCCGCAUCUCCAGGGGGCGGUGUCCCUAGCCCCGAGGUGUUUGAGGCCCUCGGAUUCGAAGUCAGCCCUGUCCCGCUGGUGCCCAUCACGCCACCCGAGUUCCUCAACGACACCACGAGCCCCAUCGAGAAGGCAUGCAGCUGCAUCUGCGUAGAUGUGCCGCCCACCUCGCCAGUCUUCGUGCCCGGCUGCAUCCCCUGCGAUGACGAAUUCGACCGCAAGAACUGUGAUGUGACGCUUGAGGGGCUGGCGAGUGUGCAGCAGCUGUGCGAGCGCGGGUCGCUGUACGAGAAUGUGUUUAGCCGGAUACAGCAGCAGGGCACUAUCGGGGAGUGCAACGGGGUCGUGGAGCCCAACUUUUGCUUCUUCGACUUCGACAUCGCGGCCAGGGGGAUAUUCGAUGAAUUAAAGUGUAACCAGACAUUCGCAGCUCAGGUGUGUGUGGCUGGGUUGGUAUGUGGGUGUGUGGGUGUGGACGCACGUUCCCUCGAUCGUGCUCUCCGUGCGUGUGUGUGUGUCUUCAGUUUCCGCCUGAGCGGAAUUCAUCGUCAUCAAUGAGGACGCCCGACGAAGCACUAAAGGCUUUCUUUAGCCGAAUGGGGCGACCGGGAUAAAUAGACCACACGCACGUGUACGUAGUUUGAUUCGAUGUACAUAUUCACAUACACACAUACAUUCGUGUAUUUGUUUGUAUUGUCGACCGAUGAGACAAUCAAUUCGACACGCCGAUGGAUCGAUGGAUGGGAGGAUGUGACAAGGAUCACACGGCAGGGAUGAUGCGAGCGUCUGACCAUUCAUUUAGUGGCGAUCAGCGUUUUGAUGUGAUGUUUGAUGUGACAUUAUAUAUCUGCUGUCGGUGAAUCAUUCA